AUGGCUGCUCGUAAGGUAGCUUUGAUAACUGGGUCUUCCAGCACAGGAAAUAUUGGUUACGGUAUUUCUCAAGCAUUGGCACGAAGUGGGUAUGACAUAAUUCUGCAUGGAAGAAUGAAUGAGGACGACGCUGAACAUUUGAAACUAAAAAUACAGAGUGAAUUCAGCGUGACAAGUCAUUACAUCAAAGCUGAUUUACGUCAACGAUCUGAAAUUGAAAAUCUCUGUAAGCAAAUACAAGUCAUAUAUCCCAGUGGCAUAGACGUACUGGUCAACAAUGCAGCUUCUAUGUAUGCUGGACCACUCAAAAGUCACCCUCCAGAAAAAUGGGAUGAAAUAAUUCAAGUUAAUCUCACAGCACCCUUUGACUUAAUAAGAUUAACGAUUGGAGCAAUGAAAACGAAAGGAUGGGGACGGAUCAUCAACAUUUCGUCUAUUUUCAGUAAGGGUCAUCCGAACCAUGCUGCAUAUUCUGUAUCUAAAGGCGGUCUUGAAGGAUUGACUAAAACGGCGGCAAAUGAUGCUUUUGGAACUGGAGUGACUUGUAAUUCUAUAUGUCCUGCAGCAGUCAAGACACAAAUGAGCGCAUAUGUUAUACAAACAAAGGCUGAACACGACGGAAUAUCAUACGAAGAGUGUGAGGUUGCUGACCUUGCAGUGUUUCUGUGUUCUCCUGCAGCUGACCAGAUAACUGGAGCUUGUAUACCAGUAGACGCAGGUUACUGGUCGAAAUAG